UCUUAACUCUAUGUCUGUUGUGAAUUCAAGGCAUAGGCAUAAUUUAUAGGACUAAAGCCAGCAAGGAACCAAGCUAAGCUUCAAUAGAAUCAAGGAACUUCAACUCUCCAACGAGGAAUAUACUACUCUCUAGUACCUACUCUUAGUCCAAGGAAUAUACAUACUGUCUCAGUCUCAAGAUUCCAGAGUCCUGAGCUUUGUGGAUUUGCAAAUUGCAUGUGGAUUUGUGCCUUGUGGUUUAUUAUUUUUGUGGUGUGAAGGUAUACUUAAAUAAUUACUUUUUUCUAUUUUACAAUGUAGAAUUUAGGUUAUUAACUUCCUAACACGUAUGUUUUAAAUUUUGAUGUUAGUCUUAUACUUAGUUAAUCAUAUUAUUAUGUGGACAAUCAACUUAUUAUCAUGUGUCUACUACUACUCAUCAUCAACAUCAAGCCAUCACUGGCUCACUACUGAGCACGCGUCUCCUCUCAGAAUGAGAAGGGUUUGGGUAUAGUCUACCACAGUGGCUAGAUGGAUUAUUAUGGAUUAGUAGAUUUAGCUAUCUACUUGUAGGCUUCAGUAGAUCCAUAACUUAAGAGAGAUCUUAAGUAAGGAAUAAUGGACAAAGAAACAGAAGAAUUUAACAUUAUUGAACAUAAUAAUACACAGGAAUCUAUAGAAAAUAUAACAGAUUUGACCAAGAAUGAUGAAUCUCCUAUAACUGUAAAUGACAGUUACAUAGAGUCCUGUGAAACUUAUGAUGACACAAGUGAGGGUGGGAAGUAUUUCUCGUGCACCUUCUGCCAUUACCGUUGUCCGAAGAAGAGUAACUUCAUCCUUCACAUGCGGGUACACACUGGAGAGAAGCCUUUCUUGUGUAAACUUUGUCAAUACAGGUGUGCGCGUCGAACAAAUUUAGUAAGACACAUGACCAGUCACACGAAGAAGAAGGCAUUCUCAUGUACUUAUUGUGACUUCAAAUGUACACUGAAAAAUAAUCUGCUCAUUCACAUGAGGGCCCACACCGGAGAGAAACCAUUCUCUUGUUCACAUUGUCAAUAUAAAUGUGCACAAAGUAGCACAUUAGUGGUUCACAUGAGAACUCACACUGGAGAGAGACCUUAUAAGUGUGAAUACUGUGACUACAGAAGUGCAUACAGAAAUCAUUUACUAGGCCACAUGCGAACUCACACCGGGGAGAAACCUUACAAAUGUGAAAUUUGCGACUACAAAUGCGCCGUCAGUAGUGCUUUAGCAACACACAUGAAAGGCCACAAUGGUGAGAGAAAGUUCGCGUGUCAAUAUUGCGAGUACAAGAGCACGCGCAAAUCUGAUAUAGACUCCCACGUGAGAUCUCACACUGGAGAGAAACCAUUCGCCUGCAAGUUCUGUCAAUACUCGUGUACGAGGAGCACCAUUUUAACUAAUCACAUGAGGACUCAUACAGGCGACAAACCGUUCGCUUGCGACUUUUGUGAAUACAAAUGUGCUCAAAGAGGAACACUAGUGAACCACAUGCGGACUCACACAGGAGAAAAACCGUAUAAAUGUGAUUAUUGCAAAUACGAAUGUAUAAGAAAAUCUAAUUUGGUGACCCACAUGAGGACCCAUACCGGAGAAAAACCAUACAAGUGUAACAUUUGUGAUUAUAAAGCAGCAAGAAAAACCCAUUUGAAUAAACAUAUAAAGACUCAUUUGAAAAAAUCUUAUAAAUGUAGUAUUUGUGACUUUAAAACUUCCAAAGAAACUCAUUUGAAUCAACAUAAGAAGACUCAUGUGAAUAAAUGUGCUACAAGGACUCAUACUAAUGAGAAAAGUUAUCAGUGUAGUGUCUGUGACUUUAAAACAGUGAGAGAAGCCCAUUUGGAACGACAUGAGAAGAUGCAUGCAGAUAAAAUAAAUUUAGUUCCACGCAUGAGAACUCGUACUAGUAAGAAAACUUAUCAGUGUAGUGUUUGUGAUCAUAAAGUGACAAAUAAAACUGAUUUGGAUGAACAUGAGAAAACACAUGUAAAUAAAAGCUACACAUGUGACGUGUGCCAUAUAGAGUACCCAGAUGAGUGCAGUCUGGCGUUGCAUGCUCACACUCAUGAUGCUCAAUCUCAAUCUUACUCAUGUGGAGACUUGAGUGCAACUGUGAGCGACGAGUUUAGUAUACUCGUUCACAUCAAAACUGAGCUAGUUUACGAUGAGAAAGAGGAAUAAAGUGAUGUUGCAGCACCAGUGCCUUGGGCACUAUGCCCAUUAAUAUUCACUUGGACUGUGUAUCUAUAUUUUUUGUAAAUUUCAAUAUUCUUUGGCAACAAUAUUAAUUAUUAUGUUGUUCCAGCGUAGCGCCUUGAAAUGUUUGUGCAUAUAAUUGCGUAUAUUUUACAAUAGGCGUUAUCUGGUUAUUAUAUACAUUUUGUGUGACACUGACAGCUAGUCCGCCCUUAGUCCGCCAGUUUGCCUAAGAGACAUGUACAGAUCGAUUUACAGCAACUAAUAUCUAAAGUUAGUGUUUUAUUUGCCCCAAUGUAUACCUAAAUAUACAUAAUAUGUACUUACGUAAAAAAUUAAUACCUAACUAAAUAGAUUUUUGUUCUAUAUCAUCAAUGCAGUAAAAAAAGUGAUUGUGAUUAUUAUAUAGUUAAAAAUAAAUAUUUGUUUUUAGCUUAUUUCAUGUUUUAUUUUUGAACUUAUUUAUUCAUUGAAUGUCAUUACAGAUUGCGAUAGGAAAAUAUGUAGAUAUUUUUACAGGAAAAAUUUUAUACAUUGCGAAAAAUUCUAAAACAUGAUCCAUCAAGAUUUUGUUUGUGGAUGCAUUGUACCUACAUAAGCUCUUUUUGUUGUCUAUAUGGGUGUAGGAUUAAGGUAUAAAAUGUUAUUUUGAAGGAAUCUAAUUUGGAAAUAAAAAUAAAACUCUUUGAUAACAAAUUCAAUACAUUUUUAAUGUGGAUUACUUACUAUCUUCAAAACGAAGUUUUACAACUUUAAUUUUGUACAAUUUGGUACCUACCUAUAUUAAUAUUUUACUCCUAACCUACUUUAAAUUAAGUAGGUAGGUGUUACCUCUUAAAAAUUGAGGAUACCUAUAGAUAAAAGACAGAUCAAUAGAUAGGUAUAGUGCAUACAUUUUGAGAUCUCACUCACCAUUUUAGCUGUAUGUGCCAAUUGUCAUGUUAAAAGUACUAUUUUAGACCUUAUUUUAAAUGUGAACUGUAU